AUGGAUGCAAAUAAUAAAAAAUCUUCAAAUACACAACAAAAGAAAAAAGCAACAAUACGAAUUAUUAUAGAAGUGAUCAUUGCUAUCAUAAUCAUCAUAGUAACCAUAAUAUUAUAUAUCUAUUGGAAAAAAUUAAUUAUUAAUAGUGUACUAAAAGAAGUAGCACUUAAACCGGAUUCAGCAGGUUAUAAAACAUGGUUAAAUCCACCGACAACUAUUACAAGAGCUUAUCGUCUUUUUAAUAUAACUAAUCCGACGAAAAUUGUUACUGAUCCUACUAUGACAACAAUAAAUGUUCAAGAAACUCGACCAUAUUCAUAUUUAUUAUCUUCGACUAAACAAAAUAUUCAAUGGUCAAACGAUUAUAAAUCAAUUCAUUAUUCAGUUCAUCGAUUAUUUACUCGUCAUCCAACUCGAUUCGAUCCAUCAUCUGUGAACGAUAAAGGUGUGUUUAUUGAUUUUGUUCGAGCUAUGUUUCGAGCACAAUUUCCAAUUCGAGCGGCACCAAUGUUUUAUCAUUUGGGUGGCAUGGAAACAUUUUAUCAUACAAAUGCUAUUGAACAAUUAGAAGGAUUUACUUCAGAUUUAUUUAAUAUAAUUCGACAAAAAAUGACUGGAUCAAAUACAGCUAAAUCGGGUUUUAUCUAUCGUUAUAAUGGUAGUCGAGCAUACAAUUAUAAAAUUAAAUCAGGUUUGAUGGAAAAAGGUCAAGUACUUGCCUUUACCAAUGAAGAUGUUCCAUUUACAUUUUCUACAGAAAACUUGCAUGGUACUGUCAUCUAUGAUGGUCUUACAUCUAUACCAAUGCUCUACAAAAAACCAUCAUUAAAUAUUUUUCAACCUGAUUUUUGUCGUCCAAUUAAUGUGAGACACAAUAGAAUUCUAUCUAUGUUUGAAGGUAUUCAUGUUCAUGAAUAUGUCAUGAAAUUAAUCGAUUUCAGUCAGUGUACAAAUCCAAGUGAUGUUAAUACAUGUCCAGAAGUUGAUAAACUUGAUGUAUCAAAAUGUAUAUCUGCUUCACUUCCAGAGAAAACAAUCUUUUUAUCAAAAGCACAUUUUUAUGGAAGUAAUGAUAAAACAAAGAAACAACUAAAUAUUAAAGGAUUUACACCAACACGUGAUCAACAUGAAACAUUAAUGUAUUUUGAACCCUAUUCUGGUACGCCACUUCGUGCUCAUUAUCGUCUUCAACUUAAUAUUGAACUUAUCAUUGAUCCAAUGAUAGAAUCCGAAUCGGGAUCUGACCUUGAACCGACAGGUCGUGAAGGUGUCAAACGUUUGGUACCUAUCUUAUGGAUUGAUCAAGAAGUUCAUGUCAAUCGUACAACUAUUAAUAAACUAAGAAUGGUUCAUCUUGCUCUUCGUUAUGGACAAACGUUUAUCAUCAUAGUAGCCAUUAUUUUAAUCAUCAUUAUUAUUGUUAUUAUAGAAGUUGUGGCUAGACGAAUGUCCAAAAAUGAAACAAAUGAACGUGCCAAUAGUCCUGAAUCAGACACAUUCCUUAAAAAAUAA